UAGGUAAUUUUUGUAGCCUGACACACACAUCGACACUUUAUCUUCUUUUGUUUUAAUUAAUUUUUGUUUGUUUUGUAAUUCAUACUUGUACGGUUGUAAGACAAACAUGUUCAUCCCCUCAAAUGGCAUUGUCAACAUGAAAGGUACCGUCAGUCGCACUUCAAGAAACUUUCUUCAGGAAAACCGGCUGAUGGUCAGCCAGCAGCCCAAGGAGAAGUCAAAAACCAGACAAAACUACGAUCGAUCUAUUCUCACCCGAAAAUCAGGAACUAAUGACGCUCAACGACGUCCUGCUGGCGGAACGCUGAGGACGAAGCGCUUUGCCGAGAAACAAAUCCAAACGGAGGACAUCAGCGACGAGCGAUUCUUGAGUGCCGCCAUGCUCAAGUGCUCGGAGAGGGGACACUUCCGGUCAGCGCGCAGCGAGGGAGAUGAGCCGGAGCUCAGAGAGGGCUUGGCCUACGGCAAGAGUCUGCAACUGCGGCGAACUGCGUCCAGCUUCGAGCUGGGUAGGAUGCCGGAGCAACGCGAUGGCUACCAGUCGGGGCAGUACACACUGUCCCGACCGUUAGCCACCGGAUUCGGUAUUGUACCCAGCUCGGAUGACCAGUCCUCCGUCGGCUCGUCCUCCUCAAGGUCGAUCACGCCGAGAGUAAGGCAAAUGGAGAUACCUGAGAUGGUGGAUGUCGCCAUGGAGGAAUCACUGAGUAUGCGUUCCCAGGCUUCCUGUCAACACCUUUCCGAUCCUCCACCUGAACAACCGCAGGAGCAAGAGUUGGAGGAGAUGAUCCCCCAGAUGGAACAGCAGUCAGAGGAGCAGUUGCAGUCCGAGUCGAAUCUUAUGACUGCUGAAAUGCGCAUUGUGCUUUUGGAAGCCGCUCUUGAGCGCCAAAGGCAACUGAUCGCUGAGUACAACCGGCUGCCCAUUUCCAUGGGAACGUUGCGCGUGCGCAAUCUCAAGCGGCUGCUGGAGCAGCAGCUGGAUGUGGUGGACAACGAUGUGAGUGUGCUUUCUGAAGCUAAGGCGAAUCUGCGGCAAUUCGAGAUAUUAAAUUGUAAUCGAAGACGAUUAUUUAGAUAAAAACAUAAAAAAAAACAUAUAAUCUGUA